UUGCACUAGUCCAUUUUCGAGCUAGCAUCAGGUACGGACUAAAAUUCUCCCGGGCGAAGCAACUUCAACCAAAUUUCCCGCGCCAUUGCAUCGUCAGGUGAUCAUCUUCGAAAUUAUCUCGGAAUAUCGAACUCUUGCCAAUACUCCUGUAUCUCUGACUGCUAUCUUGUCUAGCCUAGACGCAACCAUGUCUCACAGCAAACGCAACACUUCCCGUGCCGUCUUCACCUCUCACGAGCGGGAAUUAGCAAAAUCAGCCUGGACAAGCAGUAGUGCUCGCCUAUCUCGAGACUCAUUCUUACCAUUUGCUUCAUGUCGUUUAUGUCUCCUUCCAGCGCGUACACCUGUAUCUUGUAGUCAUGGUGAUAUAUUUUGUCGCGAGUGCGCCUUGAGUAAUAUCUUGGCGCAGAAGAAGGAAAUCAAGAGGCUGGAGAAGAAUAAGGAGAAAGACGACCAGGAGAGGAAUGAAGAUCAUAUGAGAGAAGAAGGCGAGGCGAGGCAGAGGGCAGUAGAAGAGUUUGAGAGGGUGCAAAUGGGCUUAGAGGGGAAGACCGGGGGAAAGGGCGGUAAGAUUGUAGGGAGGGAGGCGGGCAAGAUUUUGGUAGAGGAAGAAGUAAAUGGUGAAGGUGGAAAGAGGGGGGAGAAAAGAAAAUUCGAGUUAGAUGAGGAUGAACUUUUGAGGAUUGCGCAGGAUGAGAGAUCUAAAGCUAGGAAAGCUAUCGAUGAAGAAAAGGUAUAAUUUCCAUCUCAAUAAUCAAACUAGUUACUAAGACUAUGAUAGGCUUCUAAAACAACUUUACCAAGUUUUUGGGUUCCAUCUGUUACACCAAGCUCGAAUACAAACACUACUCUUCACAACAUCGUCAAAAAAGUCAAACAAUCACCAGUUUGCCCAGCCUCACAACAAGAUAAACCACACAAUUACUCACUCCAUACCUUGAUUACGGUUGCCUUCACAGAAGAAAACGAUAGCGUCACAAAAAAGUCCCAAAGAGUCUGCCCUUCAUGCAAGAAGCAAUUGACCAAUACUUCGAAGGCCGUACUCGCGAAGCCUUGUGGUCAUGUGCUCUGCAAAUCAUGCGUCACAAAAUUCAUGACUCCAAGCGGGGUUCACGAUCCACACGCAGAGGCUGGGACAGACCAGAACGCUGUGGCUUGUUAUGUGUGCGAAGCGGAUUUGUCGGAGCUGAAUGAUGGGAAGGAGAAAGCGAAAAAGGGAGAUAAAGAAAAAAUCAAGCCGGGGUUAGUAGAGAUCAAAAGUGAGGGAACGGGAUUCGCUAGUGCGGGUGGUAAUAAAGUGGUAAAGGAAGAUGUCGCUUUUCAAUGUUAGGGUUCUUGGGUUCAUAACGGACUGUGUGAUAGAGCGUAAUAGAUUGUAGAAAGAUAUCUAA